AAAAAAAUUACAGGAGGAGCAUGGGACAUGAAGUUCAGAGCAGUGAGUUGACAUCCAGGAACAAAUGAGCAGCGGUGGAUUUGGCAGCAGCUGCAGCUUGCUCCAGGGCCGGCGUUUCUACUGCCGGGAAUGGGCCCUGGACAAGCUGUGGCGCUGCCUGGAAAACCGCUCUGUGCCGGGACAACCGGCAGGGCUGUUGGUGACAGGGGGUCCAGGUGCAGGGAAGACUGCCCUGUGCACCGAGGUGGUGUGGCCCACCUCGAAAGCAGGAGUGGAAGUCGGACUGGCAUCGCGCUGCCUGGCCUCCCACUUCUGCCAGAGGGAGGACCAGAGGAGCAUGGUGCUGUGGAGGUUUGUUGGCCUGGUGGAGCAGCUGAGGGCCUCGUCUGUCCUCCCUGGGUAUAAAGAGAUCCUGAACAGCCCGUCUGUAUCCUCUACUCUGGAGCCACUCACCUGUCAGAAGGACCCAGACAACACCUUCAAGAGAGCAGUGUUGGGACCCCUGCUGGAUCUUUCUCCUCCUGCCCAGACUCUAAUGAUGGUGGUGGACUCCAUUGAUGUAGCAUUUGAGGCAGGCAUUGGAGGUGGGAAGAGCGGCUCCAUCGCAGAGCUCCUGGCUGCAAAUCAACACCUGCUGCCUGGCUGGCUCCUGCUGGUCUGCUCUGUCCGUCGUCACAACAAGGCUGUGUGCAAGAUGUUUUCAGGUUUUCGUAAACUCUGUCUGGAUGAUCUGAGGAAGCCACCACCAGUCCAUGAUGUGCAGCAGUACAUCCUCUGUCGGCUUGAUGAAGAAGCGGCACUUCGCCGCCAGCUCACCCCUGACACAGCUGACAUGCUGAAUCUACUUCACAUUAAGAGCAGUGGCUGCAUGCUCUUCCUUGAGCGUGUGCUUGAUGGCGUUGCAGGUGCACUGGUGGGUCUCCGGGAGAUCCGGGACAUACCUGGGACUCUCAAUGGCCUCUAUCUUUGGUUGUGCCAGAGACUCUUCCCCCGGGGGCUAUUCGUCUAUGUCCGGCCUCUCUUCAAUAUCCUUCUGGCUGCCCCAAGGCCCCUCACACCCCAACAAUUAUUCUCAGCGGCCUGGACACAUGACAACUUGCUCAGCCUUCAGGAUUUCCAGAACAAGCUCCGAACCCUCUCUCCUCUCCUGAUCGAUGGCCCUGGGGGCACCAAAAUACUUUUUCAUGCUAGUUUUGCUGAGUGGCUGACAGAUGUUAAGUAUUGCACACAGAAGUACCUGUGUAGCAAAACUGAAGGUCACAGUAUGCUUGCCAUGGCUCUUACUUUGCAGGGACCCUACCUUGACAUUGAGGAUACUUGCCAGCUUGCCACACAUUUAGUUUGCUCAGGUCACCACAAAGAAAACCCCUCAUUAUUAGCACUAUGGAUGAUUUGGGCAGGUGUGCCAGUUCUUACUCCUAGCAGCAGUACUACACUCACCACAUCCUCAAUCCACCCUCCUGUUCUUGUCAGCCAAGAAGUCCUUCAGCUGUUAAAGAGGAGUGGGCUGGUCUCGGCAGCCUUUCUUGUAGAUGCGGACCCAAACGUAGAAGAGCAUCAUAUUGAUGAAAAGGAAACUAAGUCACAACAGGACUUUGAAAAGGAGGUAUCUGUAAAGAAGCUGUUAGACAGUUGGUUGUCUGUAAACCAUGCUGGUACCACUGAUGGACGAACCUUACUUGCCAGUGCAGCCCAUGAGGGUUCUGAAAACAUAACUGAACUUCUCAUCGCACACGGAUCUAAUCCAAUGGACAGUGAUGUUCAUGGUCAAACGGCACUGACAUUGGCUUCCAGGCAGGGUCACGUCAAAGUUUUGUCUGUGCUACUCGAGUGGGCAAAGAGCCAGGAACAUGAAACAGCAAUGCAGAUGAUGGAACAUGUGGACAAUGAAGGCUGGACAGCACUGCGUUCUGCUGCUUGGGGAGGACACAGCGAGGCUGUCCGACUUCUUCUGGAUGCUGGAGCAGUAGUGGAUGGAUGUGAUAACGAGGGCAGGACUGCUCUUAGAGCUGCUGCAUGGGGUGGUCAUGAACAAAUUGUUCUUACCCUGCUGGACUUUGGGGCAAAGGUUGACAGAGUUGACAGCAAAGGCCGGACACCUCUCAUUGCUGCUGCCUAUAUGGGACAUCAUGAAGCUGUGGAGAUUUUGCUGGACCACAAUGCAGAUGUUGAUUUAGCUGAUGGAGAUGGACGAACUGCUCUGUCAGUCACUGCCCUCUGUGUCCCUACAGCAGCAGGGGUUAAAGGUUAUGGCGAGGUGGCAAGUUUGUUGCUGGAGCGUGGAGCAGACCCUGGCCACAGAGACCAUGAUGGAAUGACACCGUUGCUUCUUGCAGCUUAUGAGGGCAAUGACGACGUAGUUGAGCUUCUGCUAGAAGCUGGAGCUGAUGUAGAUGAGACAGCUGGACCUGAUGGCAAUGUCCCCGCUGCGGCUGCUGUUACUCCCCUGUUGGCAGCUGCAGCAAUGGGGCACAUGAAGACAGUAUCAAGGCUGCUUUUCUGGGGAGCAGCUGUUGAUGCCAUUGAUUGUGAAGGCAGGACAGCACUCUGCCUGGCAGCAGCAAGAGGCAGCGUUGAGGUUGUUCGCUCCUUGCUGGACCGAGGACUGGAUGAGAACCACAAAGAUGACCUUGGUUGGACUCCACUUCAUGCUGCUGCCUGUGAAGGCCAUCGAACUGUGUGUGCUGCGUUGACUGAACGAGGAAGCAUGGCACGGGUUGGAGAGAUGGACAUUGAAGGACGCACCCCUCUUAUACUUGCUGCUCAGGAAGGUCACUGGAGCACUGUUAGGCUGUUGUUGGAUAGACGUUCUCCCAUUGACCACAGGGCGUAUGAUGGACAUUCUGCCUUGAGUGCUGCCCUCUUGGAGGGCCAUUCUGAAGUUGCAGACCUGCUUAUGAGGCGAGGGGCUGAUACUGAUGUCCGGGACGCAGAGGGAAGGCCUCUGCUUUACCUCCUGGUGUUAGAGGGUCGCCUUGAAAUGGCUACACUCCUCAUAGAGAAAGGUGGGGUGCCCCUGGAGUCCAAAGACCCUGAAGGUCGUACAGCACUCCAUGUGGCUUCAUGGCAGGGAUCUGUGGAGAUGGUAGACUUACUUUUAAGGCAUGGGGCAAACCCUAAUGCACAGGAUACAGAGGGAAGGCCACCAAUUCACUCAGUGGCUUGGACAGGACAUGUAGAAGUAGGGCGCCGUCUCCUGGAAGCCAAUGGUGUCAUUAUAGACCUUUCUUGCCACCAGAAAGCAACAGCUUUGAGCAUCGCUGCCCAGGAGGGACAUGCUAACAUUGUUGCAAUGCUUCUGGAAAGAGGAGCAAACCCUGAUCACAUGGAUAAAUAUGCCCGUAGUCCAAUCAAAGUGGCUGGGAAACAUGGUCACUUUAACAUUGUCAGGCUUCUUGAGAGCUAUGGAGCCAAGCAUUAUGUGGGCCUGUUUACCACAAGCACUUUUUCGCCUAUAAAACCGAACAGGAACUACUCCUCAGGCAUCUCAAAUAGUACAGGUGGUGAAGUCACCACCACUACCUCCUCUUCUUCAAUAUCUUCUCCCGGCUCCACUGCUGAACGAUUCCACUCCAUGCAGAGCUCACAAACCUCAUCUACUUGCCACUCACUGGCCACAGUUCAGACAGUACCAGCUGACAGUCUCAGCUUUAUUCAACAGAUCCAACAGCACUCACUUCCUCGCAGUCGUAGCCGUCCCUCAACCCUCCCCCCACCUGGGAGCUCAAGCAUUGGCAGCCUCCAUGGAAGCAGCCAGAGGCAUCCUAAAGGCAGCUCUCCCACUGUUUGCACAGUCACUGCCAUGGUGCAUAACUACGAACUGCCUCAGAAAGGUUUGUCAUCUGGACUUGAAUAUCACGAAAAAAUGUACAAACAAAACUCACACCUUAUGAAAGGUGAAAGGACUACGUACACUGGUGGUAAAUGGCAAUCAGUCAUGACCUCCCUCGGGAUAAUGCCAGGGCAAGACAACCCUGGAGUAGGUGCUAAAGGCCGAGAGAGUCCUCCUCUGGGCUACCCAUAUAGGCUUCAGAGCCCAUUUCAAGGGAAAGCUUGGGAUUCUGUACCCCAAAAGAACAUUUUGUCACCUAAUUGCUACAGUUUUACCCCAGUCUCACCCUGUAGUGCCUUGCCAGAAGAUGUUAUGGUCGCAAUGACAACUGCUGAUCCACAGCUUAAUCUGAAACAGGCCAUUAAACUGCAGUUUGAGGGUCCCACCAGUGCAGCCUUAUACAAGAGAGAGACUCCUCUGUGACUGCCUGUUUUACUUUGUAUGAGUUUUUGGGUUAGUGCUGAUACAAUUUGGUUUUACAAUUCAUACACAGUCACUAAGAGAUAUCAAUUUAAAUAUUUCAGCAAUAUUCUGAAUACUUUCUAGUUCCACUUUCAGUGUAAGGACUUUUGUAGUAUUUUAAAUUAAUAUUGUUGGAAAUUGACAUUAAUCACUCAGGAUUGAAAAUUGACAGAUAAAUUGUGGAUGGAAAUAUUCCAUUUACGCAGGCUUAGUUAAAGGUAAUUUCUGGUAUCAAAAAAAACAAUCGUAGUCUCUGAAGGAAUUCAUUUAUAGCAUUCACAGAAAUGUUUCAUUAAAAUAGGAGUAUAUGUAAAAUAGGAAAUGUUUGCAGUUCUAGGAGUUCUCACAAGGUUUCAGUGGCUUUCUGGAUGCAGAUGUGAAACAAAGUCAUCUGUUUCUUAACCACAAGCGUCAGAAACUUGCAGAGGAAGUAGGAACUGAAUGACAUCAAAGCUUACAUUCCUGCCUUUCCGUUUUGUUUGUUACUGUAUGUAGAGCUCUGACAAAUGUGUGCUUUUUCAUUUAAAGUAUAAAUAACUGUGAACUCAGAUUGUAUUUUCCCCUCUGUUGAGGUCUUUAUUAGCUCUACAUUGAAAACACUGCCUAUGAUAGAACACCAGUUUCUAGGUUUAGAUAUGUUGUUUUCUGCUGGUAAAGAUCCCCAAACAUCCUUUGUUUAGGAGCUCAAAGCUUGUGUCCUUGGCCUUUAUUGAAGCCUUGUAUUUACCAUAAACUGACCUACAUCCUCCAGAGGCCUGUUGCUGAAAACCAAAAUCAUUUUUGCAGAAAUGCAAGCCUUCCAAAGCCUAACCCAGAGCAGUUUUUAUGAUACAAACUACAAAAGACAGCCAAGUUAACUGAAUCAAGUUGGCUCCCUGCAGCAUGCCUGUGAGCAAACAGGAAGGAAAGGAAAAGUUGGACCAUGAAAAACUGAGGGUUGAUGUAGGAGGGUUGUUGAUGUGUAUGUGAUCAAAAUGCAUUUCUAGUUAUUUUUCAUUGAAUUAAUAUUAAAAUAUGUUCAUUCAUUAAAAUGGCAAACAAUGCCAUACAACUA